AUGUAUCGUUUCCACCCUUCUGUGAAGUGGCAACGCGGCUACCCGGAUCGUCAGCAAAUAGUAAGCCAAGUAAGGCAGCUCUGGGAGCGGUAUGAUCUGCAAGGGCGCACGAAGUUCAACGUCAACGUCGACAAGGUCUACCAGGAUGAGAAAGGGAGAUGGGUUGUCAAUGAUCCUUCUCAAGGCAGAUUUGACGGACUUGUCGCCGCAAUUGGAACAUGCGGUGAUCCGAAAAUGGCUCACAUUGAUGGAAUGCAAGACUUCAAGGGUGAGAUUUAUCACUCAAGCAAGUUGACAGGCAAGAGCGCCAAGGGAAAGACCAUGAUUGUCAUCGGUGGCGGUGCAAGUGCUGUAGAGGCACUCGAGUUCGCAUCUGAAGAGGAGGCUGAGAAGAUCUACAUCCUCUCAAGAAGUGACAAGUGGAUCAUUCCGAGGAAUCCGAUCGUGAACAUGCUCCUUUCGUUUAAUAUCUUCGGCCAGGAAACUCUAUUCUCGUUCAUUCCGGAGACUUUGUUGCGCAAAUUCUUCUAUAGAGACCUUCAAGAUCUUGCGCCAACCGAUAAAGGCAUUUUCAUGGACACUCCAAUGGUUAACAGCGACGUAAUGGACAAACUUCGUUCUGGCAAGGCAGAGUGGGUUCGAUGUGACAUCGAAGGGUUCAAGGAAAACGGGGUAUUAGUCAACCGCCGCGCCAAAGGCGUACCAAAGGGAGGGCCAGGACACCAUGAGCUUAUCGAGGGCGACAUUGUUGUCCUGGCUACUGGAUACAAAAGGCCUUCCCUAGCUUUCCUACCAGAAGACUGCUUCCAAGAACCGUAUGGUGCGCCGAACUGGUAUCUGCAAACCUUCCCACCCAACCACCCCUCGAUCUCAGCCAUCAAUUGCACAUAUCUCUCGGCCAUUGGCACCGUCGGCAACUGGCAUAUCGGCAUCUACACUCGCAUCCUCUUGAUGUUCCUCGUCGACCCUCUUACCAGGCCUAGCCCCUUCUGGAUGAAGCGUUGGAUCGACAUGACCAAAGUUUUGAAGGCAGCUGCUCCAACUGGGGCAUUUGACUUCUUUACUUAUCUGGAGUUGCUUUGGUGGUUCUUCUUCUGCGUCGCAUUCAACCCAUUCCGCUGGAAGUGGGCUUUCUUUGUCUUUUUUGGGCUUGGCUUCGUCCUGCCUAAGAGAAUCGUGGAGGUGGAAAGCGCGAUUCGUAACGGACUUGGUCUAUCUUCCGGAGAACAGGCAGGACGAGAUACAGGGAGCAGCUUUUAG